CUUAUAUGCACCCCCACUCUCUCACUUGGUCCACUAGAGUGACCCAGAUGAAUUACUCAAACCGAAAUGGAGGAAUUUGUAUCCUUCUCUUUUUCUUCCUCCUUCCUUUUGCUGCGGCACAACAUGGCAACCAAAACGAAUCGUAUUACAACAAGUUCAGCCCUUCCAUGGCGAUCAUAAUCGUGAUCCUCAUCGCCGCGCUGUUUCUAAUGGGCUUCUUCUCCAUCUACAUCCGCCACUGCUCCGGCUCCCCCUCCGCCAGCAUCCGCAACCUCCCUGCCGCCUCCGGGAGGUCGCGGCGCGGCUCGCGCGGGCUCGACCAGGCGGUGAUCGACACGUUCCCGACGCUGGAGUACUCGACGGUGAAUAUCCACAAGCUGGGAAAGGGGACGCUGGAGUGUGCGGUGUGCUUGAACGAGUUUGAGGACACCGAAACGCUGCGUUUGAUCCCCAAGUGCGACCACGUGUUCCACCCCGAGUGCAUCGACGAGUGGCUAGCUUCCCACACCACUUGCCCCGUGUGCCGCGCCAACCUCGUCCCCCAGCCCGGCGACUCCGUCCACGGAAUCCCCAUCCUCGACGCUCCUCAAGGCGUCGAGGCCCAACAGCAACAAGACCCCAAGGCCGAACCUCAAGUGCUGACACUAAACCAGACGCUGAACCGGAACCGCACCAGAGGCUCCCAGUCGGGCCGGCCCCGGCGGUUCCCGCGCUCACACUCGACCGGCCAUUCUUUGGUCCAACCUGGCGAGGAUACUGAACGGUUCACUCUGAGGCUUCCCCAGGAAGUUAGAAAGCAGAUACUGCAUCGCGCGAGAAGCUUGGUUAUCUUACCGAGAGAAGGUAGUUCGCGGCGGGGAUAUCGAACCGGUGAGGGAAGUAGCAGAGGGAGGUCCUCGAGGCGGUUGGACCGGUGGGUUUUCAGCAUGGCGCCGGCUUUCUUUGUGAGAGCGUCGUCGAUUAGGUCGCCCAGGGUGGCCAAUAACGGCGCCGACGGAACUUCCGCUACUGCGCCUUUGCCGCCUGCUGUGGAGUCUGUUUGAUUUCAAUAUUUUAUUGUAUUUAUCGAUUUUUCUUACUAUAGAAUUUGUAAGAUGUGUAUAAUAUUUGGCACACGUUGAAGAUAAACAACUGAAAUUCUAUUCUGGAUCACGAUAGUUUCCUAAGUCGUAAUCUUGGUCAUCAGUUCAGAUAUCAGAAAUUGGGGGUAGAUAUACAGAACUGAUUCCUGUUCGAAAGGGUGGGGAAGGGAUGUUUUCUUGUUUGGUUGAUGGCGCAGGACAUUGAAUCCACAAUUAUGGGAAUUAUUAGCAUGUUUAUAAAUUAGGACGUUGAUGUUGAUGCUAUGUUAAAAAACUCUGCAUCACUUUAUACUACUUUGUUAUUUUUGUUUUACUAAGAAAAAUAAUAUAUUUUCUUGUUAACUCU